GUGUGUAGUUACUUAUUUUAAUAACUAUUUGGUGAAAUUUUUUUUUUUUCCCUCCAUCAGAUUCAUCCCAGAGGAAUCCUGACCGGCGGCGUAAUCAGCGAUAGAUUCCUUGUGCUUUUACUGUCGGAUUAACUUCCGAAUUUAAAGCUCAGAUAAUAAAAUUACCACAACCAUUUCAUUUUUAUUCUUUCCACAGACUUCUCUUGUAGUGAGAGGACCACAUUUACGGGUUCUGUAAAGUGAUUUUAGAUGUUUUAGGAGACGAAAUGUGUUGAAAAUUCACCUGUCGAUGCAUAGAAUCAGACGGUCUCCGACACCUUUGAGAUCUAAUGGAACAAAAAGAAAAGCUUGUAGAAACCAAAUGUGACCUCACUGUGGAGACAAAUCAGUUUCCUUUCCGUUACAAUAAUAUUUAUGUUAGAAAAUAUCACAUUUGAGAAGAUUUAAAGCUUAAAAUGCAGCGAAGAAAACACAAGUAUGGCCAUUUUUGUGGCAGCCGCGCAGCGGCGGACUGAGUUGUCUCUUCACGGUUCUCACGUCUGUUAUAAGUCCCGCCUCCUGGCGCACGCUGGGAACGUGGCACAACAAGUGAGAAAUAUGGCAGAAGUAGCUCCAUCAGCUGUUGUAAUCCCGGCGGAUGUCCCGCAGAAGCCUCCUCCCAAGUCCAAGAAGGGAGCCAGCAUCUACAAACUCAUCGUGGCCAUUGUGGCCGAGUCCAAGGAGCGCAAGGGAAUGUCUCUGACGGCGCUGAAGAAGGCUCUGGCAGUGAAAGGCGUAAAUGUGGCCAAGGGCAACAAGCGCAUCAACAACGCCGUUACGAAGCUGGUCACAGGAGGAACCCUGAGCCGAACUAAAGGGACCGGAGCAUGCGGCUCCUUCAAGAUCGCUAAGCCUAAGAGGGAGCCGAAAGUCGCCGAUGCCGAUCCAAAGAAGGCGGUGAAGAAGAAGGCUCCCGCCAAGGCAAAGCGACCGGCCGGCAAGAAGGCCAGCGCUCCCAAAAAACCCGCCAACAAGCGAGCAGCGGCCAAGAGGUCCCCGAAGAAGUCACCGGCAAAGAAAGUAGUUAGAAAGGUAAAGAAGAGCCCUAAGAAGACUGUCGCUAGGAGGCCGAAAACUGUGAAGAGGCCGAAGGCUGCAAAGAAACCAAAGCCUGCUAGGAGACCUGCAGCUAGAAGACCGGUAGCCAAGAAAAGGCCGGUAAAAAGACGCCCAGCUACGAAGGCUAGGAGGUACUAAUUAGUGAACACCUGCGCAAAGCACCAAAGGCUCUUUUAAGAGCCACCACU